UAACGGAAUAAACUCAUAACAAUGUGAAAUAAUUAAUAAAAUAAAUGAAGCAAUCUUUUUAAUUAUCCAAAAAAUUUGCACUAUUUUUAUUGUAACUCUUAUAAGUAUAUUGCUAAAAAUAAAUAGAAAAUGUCAGUCCGCCAGAUGCGUAAACAUUUGGAUAUUAUUAGCUUCAUUACGCUUAUAGCAUUAUUUUGUAUAAUUUUAAUGCUAUCAUACCAAAAAUCCAAAAAUAAUUAUAUAACUGCAAGCAUCAAUCCACAGCAUCAGUCACCUGAUAAAACUGAUAUAAAAAUGGCAUAUCAGUCUACAAAUAAGACCACAAGUAUCGAAUUGCCUUUAAAAAUCAAACUAAAAAAUAUUUUAAACUGUCUUGAUGCACCGUUGCGUAUGGAAAUGUUAGAAUAUGGUGAAUAUUGGUUGAUCAAAAACUAUAUACGUGGUCAACGUAGUAUGGAAAUGGGUUGUGGCGAAUCGAUUACAUACACAACUCAUGGUGAUUAUACGUUUAUGCAGCAUUUGCCAAAAGUUGUGAAGCGUUGGUCCGGUCCCGUUAGUUUUGCCCUUUAUGCUCCUGGCGAUGAUUACACUGCCACCAUGGACUCAAUAUUACACGUUCUCAAUUGUUUGCCUGAAAGUGAAAUGAUAAACGACUAUGUCACAUUUCACAUAUAUUUUCCUAAAAAUCAUCUACCCAGAUUUAUAGCAAAAAAUAAGGAUGAGAUAUUUGAAUGGGCUUACGAUUGUGGACCACAAGUACCCUAUCUUAAUGUUAAUCGUUCUGAAAUGUAUAGGACGAAAAAAAAUCUAACAUAUCCCAUAAAUGUGGGACGUAAUAUUGCGCGUAAAGCAGCUAAUACAUAUUAUAUAUUCGCCUGCGAUAUAGAACUAUAUCCCAGUUUAGGUUUAGUCGAUAAAUUUCUCGAAAUGGUUGGCAACAAUCAAAGCGCAUUUGUAGUAGAAGAUAAAAGAAAAGUUUUCGUUCUACCAGUUUUUGAAGUGCAAAAAAAUGCUACCUUACCCGAUAAUAAGAUAGAGUUAAAACGAAUGUUAAAUACUACUAUGGCGGUGCCAUUUCAUAAAUAUAUUUGUUUGAAUUGUCAUUUGAUUCCCAAGCAUAAGGAGUGGUUGGAGGCUAACUACAGCGACAGUUUAGAAGUAUUUACGGUGGGCAAACGUUACGAUAAAUUUAAGUACUGGGAACCAUUCUAUAUAAGCGACAACAAUGAGCCGAUUUUCGAUGAACGUGUUACCUGGGAGGGUAAAUCGGAUAAGCGUAUACAAAAUUAUGCCAUGUGUUUGAUGGACUAUGAAUAUCAUGUCUUACAUCCAGCUUUUCUGGUACAUGCUCCCGGUAUUAAAAUGCCUAAUGCUAAAUCCAAUGAGACUGAGAGAAGCAUAAAGUAUAUAAAGGAAAUGAAUGGAAUUAUACACUUUACAAUUAUACCCGAAUAUGAGGUAUUGUAUGGUCAAAAUAAGGAAUGUCAUGUAUAAGAAGGUAGAAUUUCUAUGGAUUUUGAUAAAAUGUUAUAAAAAAUAAGCUGAUUAGGAUAAAGUUUAAUUAUUACAUCAUCUCCUUUAUUAAAUAAUUAUUACAAAAUCUAA